GCUGGUGCCUUCCUUUCCUCUCCGCAGACGCAUCCACGGUGCUCGUCAAUUGGAUGCCAUAACAGAAACCCCACGCCUGACACGCCUGCGUGGAUUAUCUUUUUCUCCUCGAAAUGUGAGCCGUAGCUGAAUGAAUCCGUCUGUACAUUCAUUUAGAGGAAGUCUAUUAUGUGGCAGUGUGUGAUUUUACCACACGUGGAGCGCGUCACGGCGCCGUGUGAUGGAGGUGCGUGGAAGCGGUGCAUCGUGGGGAUGAAGAAGCGAUGAAGACACCGAGGGCUCCUGCACGCGCGUCUCGGCCAAGGAUGCCAUUACAGAGAACACGUGACGUCUGCUGGGCGCGUGGAUGACUUGUUCGACCCGACCAGCCUGGAGUUGUAACUUUGACCUCUGUGAGCGGGAACUCGAGCUUGACUUCCGGGUGUCCAUGGUGUUGACCCCGGUCGCCAGGAAUGGUGGAGACGCUGAGUAUCGCCGUCAUCGGUGCUCCCGGAGUGGGCAAAACUUCUAUUAUCCGCCAGUUCAUCUACAACGACUUCUCGGAGGUGUACACGCCGACCCGCUCCAGAUAUGUGUACCGACCCUCCGUCAUCCUCAACGGGAGCAUGUACGAGCUGAAGGUCCUGGACGUCCCGCCGAUCUCUUCCUUCCCAUCCAGCUCCAGUCAGGAGUGGCUGGAUUUGCGUUGCAGAGGCGUUCGCAAUGCCAACGCUUACAUCCUGGUGUACGACAUCUGCUGCGUGGAGAGUUUUGAAUAUGUGAAGAUGAUCAGGCAGCAGAUAGUAGAACACCGGGAAGGCAGCAGCAGCGAGGUGCCCAUUCUGGUGGUGGGCAACAAGAGAGACCUGCAACGGCAGCGCUUCAUGCCUCGCAGGGCCGUGUCAGUUCUGGUCAAGAAGACGUGGAAGUGCGGCUACGUGGAAUGCUCGGCCAAGUUCAACUGGCACGUGGUCCUGCUCUUCAAGGAGCUGUUGGGCAUCGCCGUGGCGCGGGGGCUGCGGCAGAAUCACACCGCCAUCCGCCUGCAAGGGGCGCUGCAGAGGAACCGCUGCACCAUCAUGUGACCCUCUCACCUCAGCAGGGGAGCAAAGGACUUCUUGAUCUAAAUGGCUGGAAACUAAAUACCCUGUGGCCUCCUGCUUUACUGAGCUGAUUUUUCAUAAUGAGAGUUAUUAGAAGCUGCCCUUAUACGAUUCCAUUCACGGGCCAUCCAACCGCUUCCGAGUCUCAUGCUGCUGUUCACUUUCACUGCAUAGACGUAAGGGAGGAGUCAACGUAAGACACAACCGGCCUUGUAUUGCAUAGACACUCAGAUGUCUGACUCCUUACUUUUCUUAGUGAUGGUUUCCUUGCAGCCUGACUGGAAGAAACCUAUUUUUGUGAGACUCAAACGAGAGAGGAAGCAAUAUUGGUUGUCUUCCUUUUGAAUUUGUCCUAUUUAGUGAGGGGGUGGGAGGUGACAAGUGAACAGAAAAGAUAUUUGGGGAGAUCUUUUGAAAGACAUAGAUUAGUAUGUUUCUGGAUUCCGUAAAGUAGCGUACAUCGUGCGGAUUAAAUGACACGUUUUUCUCUCCUGUCCGUACUGCACUUACGAUGAUGUUUGUUUAGGUGAAAGGUGAUGUAUAGUUGUCAUGCAGCGGAAAAUGCUGCAGUCCCUUAUCGUGAUGUACUGUAGGACCCCCGCACGCCACCCCUUUUCCAUCACACACCCCACUCAGUGGCUGAUUCUGCUGCAUACAUUAACGCAAGGGAAUGAGGGACCUGCAGAAGGUUGCAGAGUCUUAGACAGGCACUGCAUGCAGGUUUUGUUUGGUGUGCGCGCGCCUGCGUGUGAGGGAAGAGAAAGUGGCAAGCCUGAUCGCUGGCAUUCAAGCAAGCAAAAGGACAGAGAGAGCAAAUGAGAACCAGAUGCUGAAAGCUGUGGCUUAGGAAGGAGCAAUAAAAUUCCACUUGACUGACGGAUACCUCGUACUGUAUUUAAAAGCAGUCAAGUUAAACCCAUCCACACUCAAACAAUGCUGCAGCAAUGCUCCAAAACGUCAACCAAGCGCCCCACAAGUGUGUUCCAGAUACACAAAGAACUGAAUUAAAGCUUUCCUACCAGGAUCUUAACCGUAAAUGGCAAUUAUGAGAGGUUUACAGUUUGUGAAUAUGGCUGCACUAAACAUUAGAAGACUUGUUGUACCUAAGGGGAUUUCGAGAGUCAUUGACUUGCAUGCUAUUGUUGGCACAAGGUCCAACAGGUCGGGUUUUAAUUGCACUGAUGUGAAAAUUUGAUAUUGUGUUGGAUUUUUUUUGUAACACAUCUGUUUUCUGACUGUGUUGUGAGCUGCAGAGUGGAGUGAUUGUUUUACACUGGCACGUGGGAGCACAAGCUCAUGAUGUAGUGAUGACCCUUCUGUCAGGGUAAUAUGCUGUUUUCCUAGUUUUUGGUUUUCUAUUUAAGAUUUAACAAACAUGUAGCAGCAACUGCGUGUAGCAUGACUUCUUAUCAGAUUGUCUGUGUGUUUCCAAAUAAAAAGGGCUACGUUUUUCUUUUUUUUUUUUUAAACAAUCUUGUAUUUGUUUUAUUA